CGGUUGGCGCGGACAGGUGCAGCCCCGGCGCCCAGCGAGCGUCCCCUCAAACUCCUCGCGGACCCAGCGUCGCCCCCGCCAAGACCGCCGAGCAGUACCAGCCUCCCAGACAAGAAGAUGGAUUGGAGUACACUGCACACAAUCCUUGGCGGCGUCAACAAGUACUCCACCAGUAUCGGCAAAAUCUGGCUGACUGUCCUCUUCAUUUUCCGCAUCAUGAUCCUUGUGGUGGCUGCCAAGGAAGUGUGGGGUGACGAGCAGGCAGAUUUCACCUGCAACACCCUGCAGCCAGGUUGCAAGAACGUGUGCUACGACCACUACUUUCCCAUCUCGCACAUCCGGCUCUGGGCGCUCCAGCUGAUCUUUGUGUCCACACCGGCCCUCUUGGUGGCCAUGCAUGUGGCCUACCGAAGACAUGAGAAAAAGAGAAAGUUCAUCAAGGGUGAAAUAAAGACCGAAUUUAAAGAUCUUGAAGAGAUAAAAAACCAGAAGGUUCGCAUCCAGGGCUCACUGUGGUGGACCUACACCAGCAGCAUCUUCUUCCGAAUUAUCUUCGAAGCCGCCUUUAUGUAUGUUUUCUAUAUCAUGUACGAUGGCUUCCACAUGAAGCGUUUAGUGAAGUGCACCGAUUGGCCUUGCCCCAAUACUGUGGACUGCUUUGUGUCCAGGCCCACAGAAAAGACAGUCUUUACAUUUUUUAUGAUCGCCGUGUCUGGAAUCUGCAUCAUGCUCAAUGUCACCGAAUUGUGUUAUUUGCUCAUUAGAUAUUGUUCCGGAAAGUCAAAAAAGCCAGUUUAAUGCCUUACGCACCAUUUAGGUAAAUGUUAGCCCAAAAGAAUGAGGCAAUUUGUAUUUAGCUGUCAAGGUCAAGAUUAUUUUAAAAACGGCUAUUUGAAAG